UCAAGUUAGCGUCCUUUCCGAAACAGAUUGUGUUGCAGCAACAUCUUGGGAAAUCUCCGAAAUCUCCAGCAAGUUUUGCCUAAUUUGCCUGUAACUUACUUCAGCGAAUCGAAAAUGGGUCCCAAGCUGGCCCCCAAGUGCGCCCACUGCCAGACGGGCACCUCGGACCGGUGGCACACGGUCGAGAAGGGCGUCCAGCUGUGCGGGGUCUGCCACGAGCGCCAGGAACGCGAACAGCAAGAGCUCGAGCGGGAGCUGGAGCAGAUCCAGGCCGGGCCGCACGUCCCCAGUCCGGUGAAGCAGGAGGUGCGAAAGGAGGAUGAGGAGGUUCCGACGCUGGUUGAUGCUGCUGCUGCGCAGCAGGUUGAAGGGGAGAAGGCGGAGGAGGGUGCCAAGAAGGAAUCGGAAUCUACUUGUGACGUGAAGGAGGAAACGAAGGAUGAGGUGAAGGAAGAGAUGGGUGAUGACAAGGACGAGAAGGAGUCGAACGGGGAGGGUGGCAAGGAGAAGCCGAUGCCGUCGUUGAGUCCGAGGAAGCUGCGGAAGAAUGUGCGGAGUGCGCGGAAGGGCGGCCCGGGUUCGACCGGGGGAAAUGGGAGCAAAACGGGACGUUCACGGAGGUUUAUUUUUAAGAAGCACCCAAUGAAAGCGCCGACAAUUACGGUGACCACGAGGACGGUCGAGACGCUGUUUCAUAAUAACAUCUACUUCCAAAUCGGGGACAUUGUGUCGGUGAUGGACGCCCAGGACAACAUCUACUACGCCCAGGUUCACGGUCUGCAGAUCGAUUCGUACUGCGAAAAGACCGCCUACAUCACGUGGUUGAUUCCGACGACGUCGAGUCCGCCACCGAACGAGCGGUUCGACCCGUCCACGUACCUAAUUGGGCCGGAGGAGGAUCUGCCGCGCAAGCUGAGCUGCAUGGAGUUUGUGAUGCACGCCCCCAGCAGCUACUAUCUGGACCGGAACAAUCCGUACCCGCGACCGGACACGUGGGGACCGGAGAACACCUCCAAGGAGGACAACUCGAACUACAUUUGGGCAAACAUUUCUCACUUGUAUCAGUGUUGAAGACUUUUAAACAAUUGUAACUCUAACCAUAAAUAAGUGUAAUUUUAUUUUCAAUUGUCGAAAGAA